CCCAAUGGCCGUGGGAGGUAUAGAGUUUUGGGGGAGUGCAUAUAAUCAACAUACUAUCGAAGGUGCUUAGAUAUUGAUCCUGUAUUUCGAGGUAGUUCAAAUUCACCUCUCUUGGUUCUUCGGGCUCGACCUCAAAACAAUUUUUUUUCCGCGCUUCGUGGAGAAGAACUCGCGUAAAAAUGCCGAAGAGAAGGUCUCGAGAGGGUCUUGAGGGCAAGGAUACCUCCAAAGUCACAAAACAAGAGCCCACCAGAAGGUCAGAGAGGUUGUUGGUGAAACCCACUGCCCCACCCAAGCCCGAGGCCAAGCCCAAGAAAGCCAUCAUCAAGAAGGUGGCGGAUGAUAAGGGGGCAAAGGCGAAGAAAGGAGGCGCCAGGGGAAAGAAAGAAGACAGCCCUGCCCAGAACGGAGAGAGCAAGACCAAUGAGAUCUAUGUGUCUCGUCCGUCUGUCAGCGUGUCAUCCAUCAGAAGCACGGCUCCCUCUUUGAUGUCCGUGAGAGGACAGAGUGAGACAGUCAGAGUCAAGGGUAACUGAAGCAGCGGAGGAGGCGACUGAGGAGAAGGCGUAAAGACAUGGACGCGUCCACCGACUCGUCCCCUCUGACUCCAUGGCAGCAAAGCAUCUUUUUUUACUGACGAUUUUUGUACCAUGCAGAACUUUUUUUUAGACUUGUGAUAGUAGAGACGGACAACCAGCAGCCCCAUCCCCACACGUUCACGCUCACGCUCUUGUCACCACCUGCAGUAUGUUUUUGCUCGACUUCUCCUCCCUCCUCCCUCCUCCGUUCGCUACACACUAUGCCUCUCAGAAGCAUCAAGACAGAAUGAAGUGGUUUUAUCAGACGGCUACAAAUGUUCUUCAUUUUGCCUGAGUGCGGUCCGUAAACACGACUGUUAUGAUCUUUAAAACCAGCUCUGCCGAUAUUUGUUGUGAUUCUGCUCUUGAAAAGAUGAUCAUUAUUAUGUAUCGGUCACUCAAUUAAGGAAUGCCCCCCCACCCCCCGAUGGUAAAGUUGAGGAUUGGUGGAUUAGUUUGUCUGCAGAGCUACAAGACACCGGGUCCUUAGUCACCACUGAGAACAUCUGCAGGUUUUUAAAAAAAAAAAAACCUUACUCACUUUUUAGAAUCAACACCACUGUGUUUCACAUAGCUCCUUUUGUACGUGUGUGCCUGAGUGAAUGUGUCUGUGUCCCCCCCCCCCCCCCCCCCCCCCCCCCCUCCACCACCACCACCACACCCCUGGACGCCUUGUCCUGCAGCAGAGUGACAUAGCAAUAACGAGUGGUGCUUCUGUUCUAGACGGCUCUAUUGGCUUUGGACCCUCUAGUUUCAUCCUGUUGGGAAAAUAUUUUGAAAUAAAAGAAAAAGUUGAUGUCA